GGGUGUGGGGUGUAGAUGAUAUAAAAUCUCAUCCACACCCACACCCAAAACUUUAUUAUUGAAAAAUAUUUCUUCAUUUAACUAAACAAUUCCAAGAGAAUACAUUUCGACAAAAUCUUUUAAUCUAUUCACCCAUAUUAGUCUAUUUUAUUUUUGAUAAAGAACGUGAUUGUAUGAAUUUAUUUCUAGCUGUAUUUUAAUUUUGCCUAGGAAAAAUUGAAAUUUCAAUUCUACCCAGGCAAAAUUGAAAUUUCAAUUCUACCCAGGCAAAAUUGAAAUUUCAAUUCUGCCCAAGCAAUGUCUAGGCAAAUAUAAAAUUUACCUGAAUUUCAAUUUUGGCAACAACAUAUAUAUGGAGAUAUUGCUAAUUGAAUUCAUCUCACUGUACAUGGAUAUGUAGAUUAAAGCUUAACUGCUAUCUUCUUUUAAUUAUCGUGGUCAAAAGACAGAAAAAAUAACUUUUUCAAGUAUAUAAAUGAGUGAUUUUUCAAUGCAAAAUCAUUCAUUUACAUGAAUCAUCUAAUAAGUCGUUUUUUUCUUUUUUAGAAUACCAUCAACGACUCAACAUCAAGCAAUUCAACAACAAAUAAUACAAUGA